CACCUUGUUCCAGCGACGAGCUACCCGAAAGCCAGCUGUUUGCAGUGAAUACAUUUCUGGCAAAGGCCGCCGGUUCGGCACGCAUUUUACCCCCUCUUCCAGGCUGUGCUUGUAGCCUUGUGUUCUACCGUCAAAAUGAGUCAGGACGUGAUGGGCUGCUGUCCUGCUCUCGCUAGCUAGGCGGACAAAUUCCUUCAACCAGCCCGCUGUUUCAAUCACUGCGGGUCGACACAACGUUAGCCGAGGCGUUGUUGAGAGUGAGCUAGUGGGCUAGCAGGGCAGCUUUCGUAGCCGUUACGUCUGUUUUAGCCAGCGUUAGCUAAUGUAGUUACUUAGAGAGCGGACGCAUCGCUGCGGCGUAGAUAGUGCAAUAACGGUUAUCACUAAUGCUAGCUCCAUAGCAAGGACUACUACUUUUCCUAGCGCCAAUUGCCUCGCUAACGUUGGAGAGAGUGCACAGAUAUCAGCUGUUACGGGUUUGGAUGUCGCGACACUGCAGUUUUGAAACACUCUCGGCGGAUUGUGAAGACAGAAUUGGACCCCAGUGACAGACGAAAAGAGAGAAAUUGGACCAGCAAGUGACAGAGCGGGUUAAUGAUAUAAACCAAGUAUUAAGUGGCUAAUGUGGCGGUUUCAGUAAUUUUAACAUUAGCCGUAUUAAGGCAGAGCGUCUCGAGGAGGCCCCACUGUCUCCCGACUCCCCUCCCCAGUCCGAAUCUCCCGUGAUUUGCCGAGAACACCCGGGUGAAGUCACAGUUGUUCCCGGCUGGGGGGACAACUUGACAGCGAGGCCCCUAGCUUAGUCUCCCCUCCCCCAGUCCCGUCCGUCCAUCCAUCCAUCCAUCCGACCAACCCAGCAGACCGCCUCCUCCUUGCCUGAGAUCGAAGCGGGGACCGGGGAUUCGGGAUAAGCUGAAACCGUGGGCAAGUGUUUGUCUGGUCCCGUCUAAAUCGGGCUGCCAAAACCAGAGGGGAUGACUCUGGAGUCCAUGAUGGCUUGCUGCCUGAGCGAAGAGGCGAAGGAGUCGAAACGAAUCAAUGCAGAAAUUGACAAACAACUCCGCCGAGACAAACGAGACUCCAGGAGAGAGCUAAAAUUACUUCUUCUCGGUACGGGAGAAAGUGGCAAGAGCACCUUCAUCAAGCAGAUGAGGAUCAUCCAUGGAGCCGGAUACUCAGACGAAGAUAAGAGAGGCUUCAUCCGGCUUGUUUACCAAAACGUCUUCACUUCCAUGCAGGCCAUGAUCCGCGCCACUGAGACCCUCAAGAUCCCCUACAAAUAUGAACAGAAUCGGUCUAAUGCCAUGCUCGUGAAAGAGGUGGACAUUGAGAAGAUCUCUGGCUUUGACCAGCCCUACAUUACAGCUAUCAAAAGCCUGUGGGCUGACCCGGGGAUCCAGGAGGCCUACGACCGCCGCAGAGAGUAUCAGCUGUCUGACUCCACUAAAUAUUACUUAAGCGAUAUAGACCGUGUGACUGCGGAGGGAUAUGUUCCCACCCAGCAGGAUGUGCUGAGGGUCCGUGUUCCCACCACGGGUAUAAUAGAGUACCCAUUUGACCUGGAGAACGUCAUCUUCAGUUAUCUUACCGAUCUGGAUCGUAUUGCAGAUCCCAACUAUCUUCCUACUCAGCAGGAUGUGCUCAGGGUGCGCAUCCCCACUACAGGAAUCAUAGAGUACCCCUUCGACUUGCAAAGCAUCAUUUUCAGGAUGGUGGAUGUAGGAGGUCAGAGGUCAGAGAGGAGGAAGUGGAUUCACUGCUUUGAGAAUGUCACCUCCAUUAUGUUUCUGGUGGCGCUGAGUGAGUACGACCAGGUCCUGGUGGAGUCGGACAAUGAGAACCGUAUGGAGGAGAGUAAAGCUCUGUUCAGGACUAUCAUUACCUACCCUUGGUUUCAAAACUCCUCCGUCAUCCUCUUCCUCAACAAGAAGGACCUGCUAGAGGAGAAGAUUGCCUACUCACACUUGGUGGACUAUUUCCCCGAGUUCGAUGUGCAGUACAUUCACAGAUCCUCCCACCUGCAAACGCCGCCCAUGCUCUUCCACCAAAGCUCGCCCUCUUCCUCCUUCGCUCGGCAGCUUGUUGUAGUUGUCCGUCAGCGGUGUGAGAUCAGAUCCUCCGUCGUCUCCUUUCUGAGCUCCUGCCGGUGUGGAGAGAAGCGAAUACUGUAUCUCCUGAAAACACCCAAGGACCAGCGGCUCAAUGCUGAAGAAGAGAUACUUCAGAGCGACCCGGACAGGAUGUGA